AUGGCGUCGAUUGUGUUUCACGGGCCUAGCAAGAAGAGGAAGAACAGGAUCAAUUCGGCGAGACUCUUCGAUUUCGGAAAUUCCGCGGUUUCAGGGGCCAACAACUCCGGCGCUUUUAGAGACAACAUUCGCAGUUUUCUUCAGAGUUUCGGGGAAAUCGAAGACUACACAGUUUGCGAUAUGACCGUGUGGUUUGCUGCACUCGUCUCUGAGGCCGACGGUGUUCUGCCUCUCUAUGUUAUCGAGGAAACCGUUGAGGACUCUCUCGAUCCUUUCUGCAAACACUGCGAAUCAUCAGGAUGGGGUCACCAUUUUGUAUGCAAAAGAAGGUACCAUUUCAUAAUUCCUGCAAAACAGAACUGGAAUUUGCCACUGGAUGAGGAUUUUGGGGAAGUUCAUAAUCAUAAGUUAUAUGGUUUAAUCCACUGUAAUGGAUACGGGCAUCUUCUCGGCAUCAAUGCUCUUAAAACAAACUCGAAAUUCUCCACUGCAGAUGAUUGUAUGGUGCUCUGGGAUCGUCUGUGCUCGGUUCUCAAAGUCAGGAGUAUCUCGGCUCACAAUACCACCAGAAAGGAAGCAAUUGACCGAAAUUUGAUCCACGGUGCAGCAUAUGGGAAGUCCUGGUUCGAGAAAUGGGGCUACAGAUUUGGUGACGGUUGGCAAGAAUCUGCAGAGCACAAAUACAUUAGUGCAGUUCGGUUUCUGGGCUCAUUAAGCCUCGACAAAAUAAUUAUCGACUCCAAGAAGAAGAGAAAUGCCCAAAGGAUUCCAGAAAUGAUCAAUUGUUACAGAAAAUCGAGCGAAAAACCACUGGCUACCAUGAGUGACCUGUUAAAGUUCAUGUUGGCUUCUCAAUCGAGACAUAUUUACAACACGUGUAAUUCGGGAACCGGAGACCAGAGCCCAGUAAUGGGAUUCAAGACGUUUUUGAACUCGAUGAUGACAGAUUGCCGUUGGUCGGCCAAGAGGCUGGAGCAUGUGCUCUUUGUGAUUAUUGACCUUCUGAAGUGUCACACGGCCAACAGUGCAGGUACCGAGCUGUGUGGCAUUUCCCGGCAAGAACUUAGAGAUGAGGCCAGAAAAACCAUUGGCGACACUGGCUUGAUCGACUUUGUGCUCAAAUCAAUUAAAUCUUUCAGAGUUGGUAAUCUCGUCAUUCGUCGAUUAAUGAAUCCUUUUUCUAGAUUGACCGAGUUUGCAAUACACGAGAUAUCUGACCGAGGGCUGAUGGGCAGCCCGGACAUCGCUCGAGACGUGCGUUUUAUUUAUGAGAAUGUUAUACAAGGAUAUUUCGAGAAUCAGCCGUUUUUAUCCUGCAAUGCAGUCUUUAUGAAAGAUUGGCCGAUGAGAGGUGGGGUAGGGAACCAGUCAAUGAUGUUGAUGUGCAAGGUUUUGCCUGAUUUCGACGAGAUGGAGACUGAGUUGACUCGGCCUUUGUCGCCCGGUGAGGUUGUGGUAGUCGAGCCCUGGAUCACAAUUGGUGAUCUUAGAAUGGUUGCGCAGUGUGCUUUGAGGGACACGUACUGUAUGAUGGACAGGUUUGAGGUGGCCCAAAUUGGAGGAUUGAGGAAAAUCGAGGAUGAAUGUGCGCUGUUGAACACUGUGGAGCCGGGGUCGCAGGUUUGGGUGAGAGGACAUGGUUUAGACUUGCAAACUCGGCUGAGGUAUGAAGACGGGGGGCCCAAAAUGAGGGCUCGUUGUGCUUGA